GUAAAAUAAGCAGACAACCAUCUCCCACCUUCCUGGAAGCUCUAUUUUUCAUUUUUUCUUUGACCAAUUAUUCAUUAAACAACAAAAAAAAACACAACCACUACAAACCCUAGAAAAUAGCUUUUUCAGAACCUUGGCAUUUUUUUCAGAGUCUAGGGUUCCCAUUUUUGCGGUUUCAUUGCAGAGAAAACCCUAGAAUCCAUUUGCAUUCAUUGUUUCAUACUUUUCAGAAAAUUUUAGUCCCCCCAUUAUCAGAAAGCUGCAGUUUCAAUCAAAGUUUCCUCCUGUAGGAGCUCCUCAAUUGCAGGUCAUAAAAUGGAGGGUGGAGUUGCAGAGGGCGGUAAACAAGCCUCGUACACAUAUUGGGUUAGACAGGUUACAGAGGAUGCAGCUCCACUCCCUGUUCCUCAUAAGUUAACAGCCGAGGAUAUAUCAAAGCAGACACAACCCACAACAUUAGGAUCACUUUGGAAUCAGGCUGGGACAUGGGAAGAGAAAAAUCUGAAUACUUGGGCCAGCAAUAGGAUUAAGGAGUUGCUUUCCUCUCUAGAUUCCUUGGAGUUUUCAGGUGGUAAAGCAGGAAUAUCAGAUGUAACUAAGUGUUCAGGGGAUGCAUUUUUGGUGACUGUGAGAAACAAGAAACGUGUUGGUUAUUCAUAUGAGGUUACCUUGAAAUUUAAAGGUGAAUGGUUGAUCCAAGAGCACAAAAAGGAAUUCAAGGGUCACAUCGAUAUCCCAGAGUUUUCUUUUGGUGAACUAGAAGACCUGCAGAUGGUUGUGAGACUAAACGACGAGAAGGGUCUAAAUGAGGCUGAUGAGCUGAGAGUCCAGAAGGAUCUGAGACUGUUCUUACUGCCAAUCCGCAACAAAUUGUUCCAAUUUGAGCAGGAGCUCAAGGACAGAUAGAAGAAGGGCCCUUUUUUCAGGUCAUUUUGGUUUUUUAAAUACCAACCCAUAGUUUGCUCAGAUCUUACAUUACACAAUUGCAAUGUAGUCAUGCUGAUUGCUGAUACAUACCCUACGUAAAGUAAACUGGAGGAACUCCAAGUUUCUUUAUAUUGGUGGAAGACACGAUUUUCUGUUUGUUGAUUUUCUGUUUUGGACUUGUUACUGGAUAUAGGGUUUUUAGGCCUGAAAUAUUGGAUUUGUCUUGAGGUUCUUGUGAUAGAUAAUUUGAGUACAGUGAUUAUUUGGAUGGAUGGUCCUGAUUUUCUCCACGGUUA